UCACCGGAGAGGCGUUUAUGGCGGGCUAUAACAGCGGCCCGGCCGGUGAGGGCGCGGUGAGGCGGUUCAGGUCCGGCUCGGUUUUGGUGCGGCCGUGGGGCCGGGAUGAGCUCCCCCGGCGCGGAGGGCUCGGGCAAGCCCCCGCAGUACCGCGUGGACCAUCUGCUGAGCGCCGUGGAAAGCGAGCUGCAGGCGGGCAGCGAGAAAGGGGAUCCCACGGAGAGGGAGCUGCGCGUCGCGCUGGAGGACAGCGACCUGUGGCUGCGCUUCAAGGAGCUCACCAACGAGAUGAUCGUCACCAAGAACGGCAGGAGGAUGUUCCCGGUGCUGAAGGUGAGCGUGUCGGGGCUGGACCCCAACGCCAUGUACUCCUUCCUGCUGGACUUCGUGGCGGCUGACGGGCACCGCUGGAAGUACGUAAACGGGGAGUGGGUGCCGGGCGGGAAGCCGGAGCCGCAGGCGCCCAGCUGCGUCUACAUCCACCCCGACUCGCCCAACUUCGGCGCUCACUGGAUGAAGGCGCCCGUCUCCUUCAACAAAGUCAAACUCACCAACAAGCUCAACGGCGGCGGGCAGAUCAUGUUGAACUCCCUGCACAAGUAUGAGCCACGGAUUCACAUAGUGCGAGUGGGUGGCCCACAGCGGAUGAUCACCAGCCAUUCCUUCCCAGAAACCCAGUUUAUAGCUGUCACAGCCUACCAGAACGAGGAGAUCACGGCUUUAAAAAUUAAAUACAAUCCGUUUGCAAAGGCAUUUCUUGAUGCAAAAGAAAGGAGUGAUCACAAAGACAUGAUGGAGGAAGUGGGGGACAACCAGCAGUCUGGGUAUUCACAGUUAGGAAGCUGGCUUAUUCCUGGGAGUGGGGCUCUGUGCCCCUCUGCCAAUCCCCACGCACAGUUUGGAGCCUCACUGUCGCUGUCCCCUGCCCACAGCUGUGAGAGGUACUCAUCGCUGAGGAGCCACCGGCCUGCACCCUAUGCUAACCCCUACACGCACAGAAACAACUCGCCAACAGCCUAUGCUGACAACUCCUCUGCCUGCCUAUCCAUGCUGCAGUCCCAUGACAACUGGUCUUCUCUUGGAGUUACUACACACACAGCCAUGCUGCCCAUGGGUCACAGCACUGGCACAGCUACCACCUCCAGGAUGCUUUCUAGGCUCUUGGGGAGGGAGGAACACCUCUCCGAGAUGUGUCAGCCUCUUAGCUGGACCUGUACGAGAGGAAAAGGCUUCACGGCUGGUCUGUUAUCUCCCUCUUGUGGACAGACUUCUCUCUCCUUCCUACAAGCAGCGGCUGUACCCCCACCUCGUGGUCCCGACUCGGCUGGCCUUCCCUGGAGACAUUAAAGUCUGGACUUUGGCCCCGAGAAUAGUCCCUCUUUUCUUACUUCGCCUUCCUGCUGAUCACUGCUGCCUCCUGCUGAGGCGCUCCCCGGACGCCCCCGGCGCAUCUGGGCAGUGCCCCCCGGCUGUCAGCUGCUGUGCCUUCAGCUCGGCCGGUGCAGCCUCCUCCCCCGCCCGGGGGAGUAGAGAGAAAAACUCGGACAGCAUUUGACCCUUAAAGGUCCUUGAAUGAAUGUGUUCAUUGUUCACUGCAUAUUUAUGCAUGUUUUAUCUGUUUUGGUAGAGGGAAAUACACCAGUUUACACUCAGUGCCAACACUGUAUAAAGUAUAUUCUAAAGCUAAGCUUUCUGUUUUACAAAGUACAGACAGCUAACCAGCUAAGUAAUAUCAAACACACUCAUUAAAAUACUUUCUAAUAACUUAGAGUUUUGUGUUGGAUCAGUACAUGGUUAGUUUAAAAGCUGCUUCACUUGGAAGUUUUCCAAAGGAGCAGCUUGACAGAGGAGUAAACCUUUUGGGGUGUCUGGAAUCUGGUUAUCUAAUCUAAUACUUUCUUUGUUGUUGCUUUUAUUUACUAUUUGGAGAAGGGAUAGCUGCUUUACUGAAAAAACCUGCCAUAGGUAGAUAUUUGUGACCUAGGAUAAAUGAGGGAUUAUUUGAGUUAAAGGGUACUAGCAGCAUUUGGUGGUUGGGCAAUGAAUGCACAUGCAAAACCCGUAUGAAUAUUGUUCCUUCCUUUUGUGAUGCUUCCUCUGAAGCCAAAGCAGGUACUGUCAUAGCCAGCAGUGCUUUCUGAUUCAUGCUUUCACUGCAGUGGGAUCUGCUGUUAUUCCCAGGGUGUUUCUCCAGCUUUGUUGCCAGCUCUCAAAGCUUCUUUGGAACAAACCCUCAACCCUUAGCACUGGUUUUUGGGUGGGAAGAGGUAAGAACAUGGAUCGGUGCUGUGUGAGACCCACAAUGAGACCUUGACAGCACACUGUCACGUUGACCUCCUGGUAGGAGAAAAGCACAUUGGGGAAAACUCCUGACGCCUGUCUAGAGAGUCAGGUUGCCUAGAUACACUGACAUCUGCCUGCUAAGGGGUAUUCAGUGCUCCCGUGGACUUGGUGGAUGGUCUGUAGAGCUGAGCCACUGGAUCAGCCUCACACGCUUACCCCACAAGUGCCCCUGGGCUGUGUGAUCUAAGGUAGAGCAGCCUGAAGUUCAGAACAACCACCUUGCCAAAGCAAAUACACAAUGAUACUUCAUGGGGUGGGAUAUGCUCCAUGCUGAUGUAGCCUGGUCAGGCCGGCUGAUCUUGCUCUGGGGGAGUGUGUGAGUGGCAGCCUGCCUGAGGAACUGAUGUUUCCAGCCUCUGCAGGCAGCCAGGCAAAAUCAAGUCUGUCACAGACAAUUUUGUAUGUUGUUUUCACUCCACUGCAUAAGCUAUUAAAGAUAUGUGUUUUUUUAAUCAACAAAGAAACCUCCUCUUCUCCAUGUAAUGGUUAUGGUAGCUUUUUCUUUUUUCUGCUUUGUCCCCCAUGUCCUUCUAAUGUUCCCUUUCAGUACAGGUUCCCUGUACUACUGAGGA